AGUAAAGUCAACAUGUCGAGAUCGAUACUGUUCACUGUCUCACUAUUGCACAAGUGUGUUAUAAGCCAACAGACCAAAGAUGAGACCUCUGCUUUUAUUAGCUGUUUUAAUAUGCUUUCAUUGUAUUCUGAGAAAAUGUUUUUGCACAUCAGAACAAGACAAAGUUCUGUUCAUUAUUGCUGCAACGCAGGAGCAAGCGAGCCUACUGCAGAACAUAUCCAGCCAUAAUGAGACGGUGCUGUGGCAGCCGGCGUCUCCCAGUCACAUCGCAGUGAAAACACCUGUCCAUCUGUACAUCCAAUCCAGCAGCGUUUCACAAAUCACUGAGCUGCUACGAGCACAUAAAUUCUCCUUCAGAGUUAUGCUGGAGAACACGCAGCAGCUGAUCCAGGAGCAGAUCCGAAACGACACGACAGAUCCCAAGAGCGGCGGCAUGACUUAUGAAAGAUAUCACUCGUUAGAGGAUAUUUAUCAUUUGGUCAAUAUAACAAGCCAAGAGCAUCCCGACAUGACCAAACUCAUUCUGAUUGGCUCAUCGUUUGAGAAAAAUCCACUUUAUGUCUUGAAGCUGUCAGGAAGACGUGGCCCAGUGGAUAAAGCCAUGUGGAUGGAUUGUGGGAUUCAUGCCAGAGAGUGGAUCUCUCCUGCUUUUUGCCUUUGGUUCAUCAAAUUUGCUCUUACAUUUUACAAGCAAAAUGCUGACAUCACCACAAUGCUGGACGAGAUGGAUAUUUACAUCUUACCCAUCAUGAAUCCUGAUGGUUACAAGUACACAUGGACCACGAACCGCAUGUGGAGGAAGAACCGGUCGGUGAGGGAGGGCAGUUCAUGCGUCGGAGUCGACCUGAACAGGAACUUCGAUGCCAACUGGUGCACGAGGGGAGCGUCCAGCAAUCCAUGUUCUGAUAUUUACUGCGGCCAGUAUCCAGAGUCCGAGCCGGAGGUGCAAGCUGUGACCAAGUUCUUGCGCUCCCACAAGGACUCUGUCAAAAUUUACUUCUCCAUCCAUUCCUACUCGCAGAUGCUGCUCUUUCCGUACUCCUACACCCACGAGGAGAUCCCAAACCACACUGAGCUGUAUGAGCUUGUCCAGGAGGCAGCCUUAAAAAUACGUCGGCAUUACAGAAACCAAUAUCGCUAUGGUUCUGGAGCAAAAACAAUAUAUUUAGCUCCUGGGGGAUCAGAUGACUGGGCCUAUGAUCAAGGCAUUACAUACUCGUUUACCUUUGAGCUGCAAGAUCUCGGGCGGUACGGCUUCCUCCUUCCUCCAAACUUGAUCUCUAGCGCCUGCAAUGAAGCCUUUGCAGCGGUCAAGACCAUAGCUUUGCGUGUCCUAGAGAAACUUCAAUGAAUCAAUGCUUCAGCCUUUAUCCUACAUAUAUGAGGUUCUUAACAGCUAGGAUUCUCACUGGCCUCCAUAGUUUCAUGUUAUUUCUACUGUUAAUGCACUCAGCUCAUAAUAACGCGCCUGAUAAGGUGGACUGUGUGAUCAAGUAGGAAAAUUCUGAAACUGUGCUGUGCAGUGGUUCACCAGGCCUGUGUUCCAAUACUGUUUUUAAUAAUACACCCUUACUGACUUUCCUCUGAGUGAAUAGAAUUAGUUGAAUGAGGCUUUGCUGGCUUCGCUAACCAAGUCAGCAUUGGCACAACUUUCCCAGAAGAAAUUUCCUCAGUUAGUGUAGUAUUAUAGUAUAUAGUAUAGUAAGAUAGUAUUGAAAUACAGUGAUUGUUAUAUGUGUGAUACAUGUAAUAUGGUAUAAUGCUGGUACUAUAUAAUACACACUUUCACAAUAACUGCAGUGAUUGUGAGUUAUUCCUAUUAAUCUAAAAAACAUUUGGCAAAAAAGAAAAUAAUAAAGCAAAUUAAAAAAAAGCAAA